AUGUCGGAGAUGACAUCAAGCCCUUCCCUUGGCCUCACAGCUUACACAGCCUCCAAGCUAAGUCAGAGAGGAGACCACAAUGAGUACAAGUUUGAGGUCGGGCGUUUGCUGUCCUUUAAGACCUGGCCGUCUGUUUCAUCUAGUGCUCACCCUACACGUCUCGCGAGAGCAGGGUUCUAUUAUAUGGGAAGAGGGGAAGAAGUGCGCUGUUAUAGCUGUAAUGUACUGAUAAAAGACUGGAAGUUAGGAGACAAUCCUUUUCAGAGACACUCAGCGCUAUCUCCACAUUGUUUACAUAUACUUGGACAAGAUGAAAACAACGUCCCAAUUACUGCACCGACCGAUGACAAAACGACUUCAUCCACACAGCAGAUACGCGCUGCAACUGAUGUACUAGGCAGCAGGCGUCCAUUGCCUUCUCUAUCGCAGUCCACAACACAAUCCCGACCUCAACCAAGAAGUACAGGCCUGGAUGAGCCAGACAACGCCACCACGGCUGCUAACAAUACUACGCCACUAAGUAGACAGUCUCCAAGUCCAGUUCCUCUCCAGAGUCAUCUUAACCAUCAAGACAGCUCUCAUGCUGAUUCUAUGCGAGACGAACUUACAAGACUGGCGACUUUUCAAAGUUUUCCAACCACGUGUCCUGUUAGACCGGAAGACCUCGCUAGAGCCGGCUUCUUCUACGUGAAUGUUGACGACAUGGUUAAGUGUGCCUUCUGUGACGGAAUGAUCAGAAACUGGGAGAGAAGUGACCACGCCUUUGACGAACACGCCAGACACUUCCUUAAUUGUGCUUUUGUGAAAUUUCAUUCAAAUUUUCCCGCCACGUGCCCUGUUCGACCGGCAGACCUCGCUCGAGCUGGCUUCUUCUACGUGAACGUUGACGACAUGGUGAAAUGCGCCAUCUGUGACGGAAUGAUCAGAAACUGGGAGAGAGGGGACCGAGCCUUUGACGAACACGCCAGACACUUCCCACAGUGUACUUUUGUGAAAUUUUAUUUAAAGUUAGAUAGCGUAGUAUGA